AUGUCUCCAGUGGGCAUGCUCAGAGAAGGGGUUCGUCUGGAUCGAGUCCGUGGAGGAAGACAGAAGUACAAGCGCACCAUCGACUCUGGCCCUAUUGUGCAGCAGAUUUUUCCCAUGAUCAAGAAAGCCUGUGUAGAAACCACUAAGUCAGAUUUUUCUUCAGAUAACAAAAUUCUGUCACAACUCAUAAGCAUCGAGCAUCAGCUAGACAAACUGUACGUCAAUACUGAGUCAGAAAUCCUGGAGGGGGGAGAGGAGGUGCGCUUUCUUGCCACUGUAUCUGAUCUGGCUGACAGAGAGCUGGUGAUCACCAUCAGCUGGGCUAAACAGGUCCCAGGAUUCUGCACCCUAUCCCUCAGUGACCAGAUGAACCUUUUGCAGCAUUCAUGGUUGGAAAUCCUAUGUUUAAAUCUUGUAUUCCGUUCUUGUCCUUACAAUGGCUACCUCAAAUUUGCUGAGGAUCUUCAACUCUCUGUCGAUGAGUGUAAACUCUGUCACUGCUCUCCAGAACUUGACGGGCUGUCACGGAAACUUGCCAAAAAAUUCACCGACAUGGAGGUCACAAAGGAAGAAUAUCUCCUGCUGAAAGCCAUGACUUUAUGCAAUAUAGAUGUGGCAAUCGAGAAUAGCGAAGCAGUGAGACAGCUCCAAGACAAAUUACAAGAUUCCCUGAUUGAAUAUGUCAAAUACCGCUACGUGGGUAAUCUCCGCCGAUUAGGACAUCUAUACAUGCUUCUCCCAGCUCUAAAUCACAUGAAAUUGCUUGCCAAGCAGUACUGGUUUGAUGUGAAGAAAGAUGGAAGGAUCAUGAUGCACAAGCUUUUCCUGGAAAUGUUGGAGGCGGACUCUUGACGUUGAAAAUGGAAGGGAAAUAACUCUUAAAUAGUGUUAAGGUUUUUUUUUCUUGACAAGCAUGUGAUAUAUCUUGUAAUUAAAGAAGCUUUCACAGAUUAAGAUUAGAGAGCAGAUGCAGUUCAUGGUAUAUUUUUAGUAUAAUUAUGCAAAGUUAGAUUUGUGUAAAAUUUUUGUUGUUUGAUUUUUUAAUUCUUUCUUGUUUAAAGUUUUUUUCUGUAUAUCUUGACAUAUGUGUGAUGUGCAUAGAACACAGACAUUGUAACCUGUGUGCUAUAACUGUGUGUAUAAGGUGGAAAAAAUUGUCGUAAUCUUAUCCAGAUCUCAAAGCUAUCGUAGUUAGACAUUUUAUUUUUUGUUUUCCAAGUUUUUUCCCAAGGUAUGCACAUGCAUGCAGAGAAUUGUUACAAGUUCUUUAAGAUUUCUGUUGUAAAGUAUACCCUUUUACAACAAAGGGUGAGAAAUUGUUACAUACUUAAUCAUAUUCAAAUUAUAUGCAAAUAGAUGUGGAAUUACCUGCAUCAUACCGAACCAUAUUGGAACUUGUAACAAAUCUUCUGUAUUUACCCCCAAUUGUUAGCAUCAGUAGUGCUAAACAUUGUGCCAAAUCUGCAACUUUGUUUCAUUGAUGAUAGACCAGGCUACAUAAUUUCCCCCCACAAUCCUUUCAUUCCAAUAUUUUGCCAUUUCCCAUAGUAGUUAUUGGCCCUAGUCUGAAGGCAGCAAAAAUAUAUAGGGGGAUUUCCCUGAACAAAUCCUUUGACUUCUAUAUGACAGAUUCCCCCUUCAUAGUUUUUUAACCAUAUAACUGUUGGUCCUUCACUGCUGCUUGCUGGUGUUGACCAUUUGGAUCCCCAGUUGUUUCUCACAUGAGGGUCAAACAGUUGUCCAUUCAUUCCCACCUCUUUGUUGUUUAUCCAAACCAUUAUGAUUUUUUCCCCCAGUUUAUUUGAUAGAAAGUUUGAACUCAGUGAAUAUGACAGCUUAGUGAAAAACAAAAUUUGUUAGAAAUUUCUUAUGAAUGACUUUUUGUGUAUUCUGUGAUUGGAUGAAUAUGGACCAAUUAUCAUGAUGCAAAUUUACUAGUCAUAUUUAACUCUAUCUGCUCAUGCAGAUUUCUGCACUGAUGUCCGUCCAUGGCAGAUGAUAUGUCUCCUUCUCUACAAAUGACCCUGGCUGAUACAAAUGAUGGUUUGGAUACUCUGUGUAAAUUUUAAUUCUCAUUCUAAACUGAAAUACUUUUUUAGGGGCAAAAAAAAAAUGUGGAAUUCUAUAUCUUACAUGUGAUAUACAUGUAUUUUUGUCAUGAGGCCUAUCUUUAACAAAGGACACUUUUCUUUUAUCAGCCAGGAUCACUCAGUCUAAUAGCAGCGAUAGAUUUUUCAAUUCACUCAUUUUGGUCUGCAGUAAAGAAAAAAGAUAACAAAUUAAAGAAAGGCAACAGAAAAAGAGUCAAAAUGAUAAUUGGUUGUAUGAUUGUUACAGAAAUGUGUGGGAUUUCUUUUUAUUUCCAUAGAUAAACUGUAUAUAUGUGCAUCAACCCUGUACAUACAAAUUGUUGAUGUUAUGGAUUUUUAAACAGAGUGUUAAUGGAUAUUCCUAGAUAUAAGUAUGAAUUAAUUAGAGCUGUGUAAUUUGACGAGGUGUGAUAGCUAUGUAUAUUAAUUAGUGUAAUGCCAGCGAUCAUUGCUGACUUGCUUGUUUUCCAGAAUUGUUGGGUUUUCCAAGUACCUAUAUAUGUAUGCCAUGUACAUUUGUUGGUUUGUGUUUUUUUAAUCGGUGCAUUUAAAUUGGUUAAGAAGUUAAGUAUUACAUAGAUCUGUAUAGCCAGGGCUCUUCAUUGUGAUGUGUUAUGCAUAUAAUUGUUAUCUUAUUUUAGAAAAUAAUUCCAUUUAUUUAAAUUUUUUAGGCAAAGAAAUAGAGUGUAAAAUGUGUAUAACUAGUUUUAACAAAUUCAGCUUCAUCUGGACAGCAGUGUAGAACUGUUUUGUUUUAUUGCAGAUUAUUUUUUCUUCUUUGUACGAGCAUAUUACAGAAGAUUUGGCUUUGAUAUAACACAUUACAAUGCUCAGCCAGAUGGGGACCUACACUUGUUUUCAGUUUUCUCAGGUGCCCAUGUUACCUCAGGUUAUUUUAUUGUAGUUUAAUUGUGAUAUUUGAAUUUGUUUUCAUCUUUGUAACUACAUAUAUAUUGAGCCAUUAUAUUUCAAGAAAUUCUGUAGCUGUGCAUUUUAAGAUUUUUUGUAUAAUGUAUUUUUUGUAAGAAUCAGAGCCUGAUUUUAUGAAGUUAUCACUUUCUCGGGUUUUCUUCUUAAUUGUUUCA